UUUAUCCUUUCUAGAGUCGCAUCUGGCCGGUCUCCUCUCCUCUGUAUUAGCGACAGCAAUUUUAGCAGCCGCAGGAUUUCAUUAUUUCUAUGCCAGAUAUUAGAUAUGCCUAACAAACACACAAAACCCAGGCAUCAAUCAUUGGGAGUCAUAGCAACCAUGCCAAAAUGGAGAGGACUUUAAUUUAAUUACCCCCAGUCUCACACACCCCCAUAAAUCUAAACCCUGUCAUCAUCCACGUCAAAGCCAAAAGUUUAGGAACCCCACAGCUUAACCCUGGUUUAACAUAAAAUCCAUGACACAGCCACUGUAUUCCUUUUUCUUCAAUUUUUAUUUGUCUCUUUUUAUCACACCCACAUGACAUAAAUCUCUGUCACUCCCCUGCUCCUCACCAUACUACAGAACACAAACAGAAAACAUAAAAAACAGAGUUUAAAAGCAGAGAAAACAGAGCAAAAGACCGAAUAUUCAAUGUUUGUUUCCAUGCAAUGGCAAUUUCAGGCUCAGAUACUCAAACCCCAUCGAGCAAAGUGACUACUCCGAUUGAAAUCCACUGCGUCAAAUGUGAGUCGUGCGGCUUCACAGAGGAAUGCACCACUACUUAUAUCCUGCGUGUCAGGGAACGUUACCAGGGCCGUUGGAUUUGUGGACUCUGCAUCGAGGCGGUCAAAGAUGAGGCUCUGAGAUCGGAUACGCUUAUCUCCACGGAGGAAGCACUGGACCGACACAUCAGCUUCUGCAAGAAGUUUAGGGCGUCGAGUCCUUCGGAUGAAACGGAGCACCCCAUCUCUGUCAUGGGCAGGAUUCUUCGCCGAAGCCUGGAUUCACCGCGAGCUCUUAGGUCUAAUUCAAGUAGUGUCUUGCCAGCAUUUGGAGAAGUUAAGGGUUCUACUCUUCCUCGAUCUGAGAGUUGUUUCCCUGCUCUUUCUGGCUGAAUUAUUUCUUGUCGAGUUUAAAGGUAAAUAUGAAAGAAGAAAACAGGGGAACUCUGUUUCAAUGUCAGAUUGUUAUAUAGACUAUAUAUAGGGUCUUUGUUGCUCUAAUGUUUAGCUAUCUGAAUUUAUGGACCUUCCAGUGAAUAUAGCAUAUAUA